AUGACCCGACGCUCACGCCGCAGAGGCAAGCGCGGCCGGACGAGCCCGGAUCCCCCGGCGAAGCGCCGCCGCGGCCCGCUGGAGUCGGAGUACGGCGACCUGGAGGCCGCUCCAGCUCCGGCGCCAGCGCCGCAGCCGUCUUCGGUGAUGGUCGCUGGGCUGCCGCCCGGGUGCGGAGUGAUGGAGCUCAAGUCGCGGCUGGAGGCGUACGGCCCCAUCGCGCGCACCCGCAUAGACGCCGCCGCGGCCACCGGGCACGUCACCUUCCGCUCCGCCGCCGCCGCCGCGGCAGCCAUUGCCGCUUCCCUCGACCCCGACUGCGGCAUCACCAUCGGAUCCAAGAAGGUUUUAGUUGUACAAGCAAGUGAGGUGCCAAAUGACCAGAAAACCGUACUUCAAUCUGACCCAACAGGUGCGACAAAGAAUGGUAGUGUGGGUGAUGCUUCAGCCAUCCUCUCCAGAUUAGGUCCAAGAGCGAUCCAUAAAUCGCGGGAAAUAGUCGCUUAUGAUGAUUUGUUCUGAUAGGCAGCUUUCCUCUAGGUAAGGGAGGAAUCAGCUUGAUUCUUGUACAAUACUAGGAUAUUUAACUAAGUAACUGUAGCCUACGGGUAGGUCUCGUAAUGCUGUGUCACGGCCGGAACUGUUUCCUUUCUUCAGUAUGCACUUUGUCAGGAAUUCUCAUUGAAUUAAGUUACUACCUA